UGGCAUGACACAGCACUUUCAACUGGGUUGAAAAUCUGGGUUAACACUGGCAUUCCCCAGAUUAUCUAACAUCAUUUGGCGGCUUAGGCCGCAGAUGACAGUCACAACUUGUCUUCGGAAAUGUAGCUUAUCCAAGCACCUGAAAGAGACAGAAACUAUGGCCAUGCCGACAGAGAAAUCGUUUGCGAAAGGUACUAAGUUCCCGCCACUCAAACCGGGCUCUUUACGACUAUACAGCAUGCGGUUCUGUCCUUUUGCCCAAAGAACUCGUUUAUUAUUGGAGCACAAAAAUAUCCCGUACGAAACAGUGAACAUCAACCUGAAACAGAAACCAGACUGGUUUCUUCAGCGCAACCCACUGGGCUUAGUUCCAGUCCUCGAGCAUGAUGAGAAGGUAGUUUACGAGUCUUUGGUGUGCAACGAAUACUUGGAGGACAUUUACCCCAAGUUCAGAUGCUCUCCGAGGGAUCCGUACCUGCUCGCCUUGGACAGAAUGGUUGUCGAACGAUCUAACUGGUUCAUAUCACGAUUCUACAAAGUGUUGUUAAAAGACCAACAAAAAAACGAGACUCUGGACCAGUUGGAGAAAGCGUUAGACGUAUUAGAGAAAGACCUAUCUGGCAGGGGGAAGUUUUUAGCAGGCAAUGCGGUUGGCAAUCUGGACUUCCUGCUUUGGCCUUGGUUUGAGCGACUCUGUGUUGUGGAGGUCAUCAGUGGGUUCAAGUUCACCGAAGAGAGGUUCCCGAAGCUUUUCUCCUGGAUGAAGAACAUGAACAACUUACCAGCGGUCCAGAAAACCGCCUUUGAUGUAGCAUCUCACUUGGUCUUCGUCAAAUCGCUGAAGGACAGAAAUCCUAACUACGAUUAUGGACUUCCGGUCUCCUCAAAGUUAUGAGGCGUUUUGUAUGAAAGUUUCUGAGGUUCGCAUGUGACGUCGUGAUCCCAGAAGACCAAUGAACUGACAGCCAUAUUAGAGCAUUAUUAAAAUGAAAUGGCGGAAGAGCAUACGUUACAAUACAAAAGCAUUAAGUACGAAAUGCAAACCCUCUAUAUAUUACCAGUGAUAAAUUGUGAUUUGACAUGAUAUCGAACUGAUGUACGAAUAACCACAAAUCACUGAGAUGGCGAGUAUCCAGAUAUAUUUGACUUAUUUCUCUUGCCAGGCUUAACAUGGUGUACUUCCAACAAUAUUCAGUAUUAAAAGAUAAAAUAUUUCGAAUAAUUCGAAUUAAAUAAUAAU